UUUCUCUAAGACCGUGGAUGUGGUGGCAACAGGCUACUAGCAACGUCUUGCCUCUGUGCAAACAGAAAGAAAGGCGCACUAACGCAUCGUCAUCCAAUUGGGAAAGUUUCAAACUGGCUGCCGAUUCACAAUCUGGCAAGCUUGGGAAUCGUUUGUACGAUCGGAGAAAGAGAUGGUAUUAUUCCAUUUCAUCACGAAUCGGUUCAGGCUUCAAUUGCAUUCUAGUUCAAUCAUUCUGUACGCAGAGUGUCUGAAUUCUUUCCCAAUCUAUGUUUUUGUCGUUGGAAUUACGAGAGGGGAUAUGCGCAUCAUUAUCAGAAGUGGACAGUGCUGCAUGUGAUUGCUGCAGGAGUAACCAUCGGGGUUCUAUAUGGAUUUGGAUUGCUUUGGUGCACACUGCAGUUGCAGCAAGCAGGAGUUUUAUUGCAAGGGUUUCUGUGGAUUUAGGAAGAUUGGAAUUAUUUCAGCAGGAUCUUGUGGGAGCGGCUGUUAUCUUGAGUCUAGGGUUGGUGUUUUGGGUCCAGGGGAACUUCAAAGCUGGAAUGGAGGAGCAGGGAGUUAGGGCUUUUAGAAUCCUGUGCGCGUUGCUGCAAGAGUUGAUUGUUUGAUGCACACGAUUUGAGUUCAUUUGUUAGGGUGUAGAUUUCGAAAUUCGGACAUGGAGUGGCUUGUGGCUUUUGUCGUUUCUUUCCUGGCUCUCGUUAGGAUUGGCGACACACAGUCUUGUGGGAAUUCAGAGGUUUCGGAUGCUUGUGCCUGGGCAACCACUACAAAUGGGAAGAUGUACAGCUUUAAUCUUGUCUCUCCAACCAAAGGCUACCCUCAUGGAAUUUUGAGUGAAGACGGGUUUUACAAGAUUUCUGCAAAGUCGAAAGACGGAGAGACCAACUACUGGUUCCAGUUGUGUGAGCACAUGAAGUUCAACUUCAAUCCACCUUUGUGCGAAAACUGUGAGGGUUGUGGUGGUCUAGGACACUGUGGUGAAACCUGCAGUGCACUCGUGUCUUCGUCUUAUCCGGGUUAUUCUUUAUGUACGACUCUCGGGUACCCUGAGAGUAUUUACUACUCCUUGAUAAAUCAAGAUAAGCCAGAGCAAGGUGUUCGGGUAAAUAUGACUACAUGUAACAAGUCAAAGCCAAAUUGCUCAUUCUCGGUGUUGGUGUACUGCAGCCAUUCUGGAUUUGAGCCGCCGAAGACGGCAAUGAAUGGAACAUCAGGAGAAUGUAAUCUUGAAACCGCAUUAAAACAUCCAGCAGGCUGCCCAGUGGUGACGAAUAUGAGUAAAAAAGGUUGGGGCUGGUUUGGUUCUCUACUUUUCAUGUUGUUGCUUAUUUUUGUCGUAUACGUGGCUGUGGGCAUCGGUUACCGCGUAACUGUUCUUGGUGCUAGUGGUUUUGAGGCUAUUCCUAACCUGGACACAUGGCGCGCUCUUCCUUCAAAAAUCCAGCUGUUGGUGGAAUACCCCAUUUCGCCAUGCAUGCGUGUCUACUACGGCUUUACGGAAAACUCAUACUCACGAAUGAGUACAUGAAACAUUCAGCGCUUACGACAAGCCCGGGUAUUGCUGAUGUGCAGUAUGUAGAUUAGGAAAUGAAAUAGUUUUUUUCAGGAGCAAUGUUACAUAUCGUUUUAAAAUACAUGUGGCGGUUUGUUCGAGCUAGAUUUUCAGAAUGCUUUCUGCAUCCCUUCCUGAGGAACGUUAAUGAAAAGUUAGCCUAUCUCAAAAUAUGGAGGGGACGUCUCACACUCCAAUGAUGUCGGUUAGGUUCAUCUUGCUUUCUUGGUAACUAUCCUCUGCCGUCGUGUAAGUUAGUUAAAAUUUUAUAAUAGAAGUUCUGAUGAGUCACUUAAUAUGAAGUAUUUGCAGCA